UCCAGUCCUGAGGCUCGGCGAGAAAGCGCUUUCCAUCUCACUCCACAGCGAGUCAGCAGCAUCCUCCAUCCGUCAGGGAUUGCGCUCUACCUGCUACCCGACCUGGGCAUCUCUUGAGGGACGGCCAGACAACGACUAAUGCUCAGACGAGAUUUCACAACAUUUUCAGCCCUCGCUAGUGUCCGCUGACUUCGGUUGCGUUCUCAUCACUUGGUUGCGUUGAGGUAAAAAAAAAAAAAAAAAAAGGAGCGAGAUGAUGAUCCAGCCUGGAGACUAGUGCAUUUUUGCUCAUUGACCAUCGUGUUGCUCUAGACUUCUAUUCAUAGGCAAUGGGAGAUAACGAUUCGCAAGGGAGCGACACGUUUCAUUUCUAAAGGAUGUUUCCGAGUAUGUGGGAAAAAUAGCCAUAGCUUUCAGAGUGCAAGGCCAAAUGACAUAGGAUGAAGGCUGUUCGUAAUCUGUUGAUUUAUAUAUUUUCCACCUAUCUCCUGGUUAUGUUUGGAUAUACUGGUGCCCAAGAUUUCUGGUGUUCCACACUGGUAAAAGGAGUUAUCUAUGGAUCUUACUCGAUAAAUGAAAUGUUUCCCAAGAACUUCACAAACUGCACUUGGACGUUGGAGAACCCAGAUCCUACCAAAUACAGCAUCUACCUAAAACUUUACAAACCAGAAAUUAGCUGUUCUGAAUUCUCUCUGCUGGCUUACCAGUUCGAUCACUUCUCUCACGAGAAGAUCAACGAGCUGUUGAGGAUCAACGAGUCCAUCGUGCACCUGUGUGAUGACGCCAAGAAUAUUUACGUGUUUUUGCAUUACGACAAAAAUUUUGUGCAGCUCCGGCGAGUGUUUGCCUAUGAUUACAACGGAUUGACGACGAAGAAGACCGAAGAGGAGGAAAGGUCUAUGGUGGAGUUUGUGGUUUUAAACAAGGCGAGCCCAAGUCAGUUUGGAUGUCAGGUGUUAUGCACGUGGUUGGAAAACUGCUUGAAAGGAGAGAAAGCUGAAUCGUGUGGAAUAGUCUACGCUAAAUGCACCUGCCCACAACAUUUAGGCGAUGGGGAAUCUGAAAGUGUGCUGAUGCUCAGUAACGUGGUGUUGCCUUUAAAUCCCCAAACCGAAGGAUGCCUGACUCCUCAGGUGCGCUCGGCGCAGGUGUGCAAUCUGAGCGCGGAGGUGCGGCGCCCAUCCAAGGAGGAAUAUGGAAUGAUCGGAGAACAUACUGUAAAAAGUCAGCGGCCAAGAUCAGUACAUGACACAAAGGGCCUACAGGAGCGAGAUGAAUCUGCUAAAUUUAUGGCACAAACUGGUGACCCUGGUGCUGAGGAGUGGUCCCAGUGGAGCUCUUGCUCAGUUACAUGCGGUCAAGGGUCGCAGGUGCGAACAAGAACAUGUGUCUCACCAUACGGAUCACACUGCAGCGGCCCUUUAAGAGAAUCCAGGGUGUGCAAUAACACUGCCCCCUGCCCAGUGCACGGUGUGUGGGAAGAGUGGUCUCCAUGGAGCCUCUGCUCUUUCACCUGUGGGCGGGGUCAUCGCACCCGCACUAGGGCGUGCGCUCCACCCCAGCACGGAGGAAGAGCGUGUGAGGGACCCGAGACCCAGAGCAAACUCUGCAACAUUGCCCUCUGCCCAGUGGAUGGGCAGUGGCAGGAGUGGAGUGCAUGGAGUGAUUGCUCGGUGACCUGUGCCAACGGAACGCAACAGCGAAAGAGGCAGUGCUCAGCGGCUGCUCAUGGUGGAUCUGAGUGCAGAGGACACUGGGCGGAGAGCAGAGAAUGCUCCAACCCUGAAUGCACAGCUAACGGACAGUGGAACACUUGGGCUCCGUGGAGUGGGUGUUCUAAGUCCUGUGACGGUGGUUGGCAGCGGAGGGUGCGCAUAUGCCAGGGGCUGGCGGUCACGGGGCAGCCAUGCGAUGGGAGUGGGGAGGAGGUCCGCAGAUGCAGCGAGCAGCGUUGCCCAGCUCCUUAUGAAAUCUGCCCUGAGGAUUAUGCUGUGUCCAUGCUGUGGAGAAGAACUCCCUCUGGGGAACUGGCCUUCAACAGGUGUCCUCCCAAUGCCACGGGCACCACUAGUCGACGCUGCUCACUGGAUCACCGCGGGGUGGCCUAUUGGGAGCAGCCCAGCUACGCUCGAUGCAUUGCAAAUGAAUACAGAUACUUGCAGCAAUCAGUCCAGGGGCACCUUGCUAAAGGUCAGAGGAAUCUGGCAGGAGAUGGCAUGUCGCAGGUUACGAAGGUCCUCCUGGACCUCACCCAAAGACGCAAUUUCUAUGCAGGUGACCUUCUCUCUUCAGUGGAGAUUCUUCGAAACGUCACAGAAAACUUCAAAAGGGCCAGCUAUGAACCCUCUUCUGAUGACGUUCAGAAUUUUUUUCAGAUCAUCAGCAAUCUCCUGGAAGAGGAGAACAGAGAGAAAUGGGAAGACGCGCAACAGAUUUACCCGGGGUCUGUGGAGCUCAUGCAGGUCAUUGAAGAGUUCAUCCAUAUCGUCGGGCUGGGAAUGAAGGACUUCCACAAUGCCUACCUGUUGACUGGAAAUCUGGUUGCGAGUAUAGAGAGGUUGCCCGCGGUAUCUGUGACGACAGACAUUACCUUUCCCAUGAAGGGACGGAAAGGGAUGGUGGACUGGGCCAGAAAUUCUGAGGACAAAGUUGUCAUUCCCAAAGGAAUCUUUGUGCCCCAGACAGCAGAUACGGAUGGAUCUUCUGUAUUCAUUCUUGGAACGGUUCUCUACAAGACUCUUGGCCUUAUGCUGCCUGCUCCUCGGAAUAACACUGCUGUGAACUCAAAAGUGAUUGGUGUGACUGUCCGACCAGAACCCAGGGUUACAGAAGCCCAGCUGGAGAUUGAGUUAGCUCAUCUAGCUAAUGGAACAAUGAAUCCAUUCUGUGCACUGUGGGACAGCUCUAUUAUGAACGAUUCUUGGGGCAGCUGGAGCUCUAAAGGAUGCAGAACUGUGCUCACCGAUGCAUCCCACACCAAAUGCUUAUGUGAUCGGGUAUCUACCUUCGCCAUUUUGGCUCAACAACCCAGAGAAAUAGCUAUGGAGUACUCAGGGGUUCCAUCUGUGACACUGAUAGUGGGCUGUGGUCUUUCCUGUCUGGCCUUGAUCACACUGGCCGUGGUGUAUGCUGUUCUAUGGGGGUACAUCAGGUCGGAGAGAUCAACCAUUCUGAUCAAUUUCUGCCUUUCAAUCAUCUGCUCCAACAUCCUGAUCCUAGUUGGACAGACGCAGACACACAAUGCGGGCAUAUGCACGAUGACAACUGCAUUUCUGCACUUCUUUUUCCUGGCAUCCUUCUGCUGGGUUUUGACAGAAGCUUGGCAGUCCUAUAUGGCUGUAACGGGGAAAGUUCGGACCAGGCUCAUCCGGAAACGCUUCCUCUGCCUGGGAUGGGGAUUACCUGCUUUAGUGGUCGCUAUCUCAAUGGGAUUCACAAAAGCUAAAGGAUACGGGACACCCCAAUACUGUUGGCUAUCUCUGGAAGGUGGUCUUCUCUAUGCAUUUGUGGGACCUGCUGCUGCAGUGGUGCUGGUUAACAUGGUGAUUGGUAUUCUAGUGUUUAAUAAACUGGUUUCAAGAGAUGGGAUCCUGGAUAAGAAACUAAAACACAGAGCAGGGGCCUCCCUGUGGAGUUCCUGUGUCGUUCUGCCUUUAUUAGCUCUCACCUGGAUGUCUGCGGUGCUGGCCAUGACGGACAAACGCUCAAUUCUAUUCCAGAUCCUCUUCGCGGUCUUUGACUCCCUGCAAGGCUUUGUCAUAGUCAUGGUCCACUGUAUCCUCAGAAGAGAGGUUCAAGAUGCCUUCAGAUGUCGCCUGAGAAACUGUCAUGGCCCCAUCAAUGCAGAUGCAACUGGUACAUUUCCCAACGGGCAUGCACAGAUCAUGACGGAUUUUGAGAAAGACGUGGACAUCGCAUGUCGAUCAGCCCUCCACAAAGACAUGGGCUCCUGCCGAGCGGCCACCAUCACCGGCACCCUCUCUCGCAUCUCUCUCAAUGAUGAGGAGGAAGAGAAAGGUCCCGAGGGGCUCAAUUACUCCACGUUGCCUGGCAACAUAAUGUCUAAAGUGAUCAUCCAGCAGCCCUCUGGACUUCACAUGUCCAUGGGCAUGGGCGAUCUGGGAGAGCAGUGUUUAGACAGCACGACAGACAUGCGGCGAACUCUAUACCUGUGUACAGAUGACACAACAAGGCAGGGCGAGCAGGAGCUGAGCGCCCAUGACCUGAGCGGCCACCCUCAGCCAGGGCAGAUGGAAACGGACUACAUUGUCCUGCCUAGCAGGUCCGCGGUGGGGUCGGCGACUGGGUCUAGCAGCAUUCCCACCCUGCUGAAAGACGACAGCAAGAUGAGCAUGACCAUGGACUCUCUGUCACACGAGAGGUUGAUGCAUUACAAGAUGGGCGCUGAGUUUAACCUCGGGCACUCUGGGAUGGAGCACAUGGGAAUGGAACAGCAGUACCCCGUCCAGUCCGAACACAUGCAGAAUCUGCCUUUCGAGCCACGCACGGCUGUGAAGAACUUCCUGGCGGAAAUGGAGGAGAGCGGAGGAAUGUCACGUAGCGAAACCGGUUCAACUAUAUCGAUGAGCUCUUUAGAGAGAAGAAAGUCGAGGUACCAGGAUCUAGACUUCGAGAAAGUCAUGCACACCAGGAAAAGGCAUAUGGAGCUGUUCCAGGAACUCAAUCAGAAAUUUCAAACCCUGGACCGAUUUCGAGACAUACCAAAUAUGGGCGGCAUGGACAAGGCAAUGCCAAACAAGAACCCCUGGGAGAGCUUCAACCCGGCAAGUGAAUAUCAGAACUACGCCACAAUGAAUGUACUUGAAUCAGACACAAAGAACUCUCUGGAGAUGACUAACGCUGAGUGGGAAAAGUGUGUCAACCUCCCUUUGGACGUCCAGGAGGGAGACUUUCAGACAGAAGUCUGAGGAAUAAUGAAGCGUUAGCAGGUGGACAUAUUUUGCACUGAACAAAAACGCGGAAGACUUCUCAUGCAGCCUUGGAAAGACAUAUCUGGAUUCUACGAGUAUAGCAGGGACAAUAUGUGCCAAUAAGAUUUUAAAACAAGGAAUGACAGACGGAUAGAAAGACAGUUAGAAAAAAACAAAAAAAAUCUGUGUUAUCUUUUUUUUUUGUAUUCUCACUCGUGUAUUUAGUGGGGGUCAGACAUGUACAAUAUCGAACAUCAUGUAUUUCAAAAGAAACCAGUUGGAAAAUAAUCAGUUCCAAAAGCAUUAGCUUUCCAAAUGAGACCUCGAGGAGAAAACGACACGACGUGAUGUCCACCCACGAGCGGCGGCUGGGUUCGUUUUUUUGUUCGGCGGGAGACGAGCCCAGGAACACUUGUAUAUACUUGCGCAGGUUUUUAAAAAGUUUAUAACAAGUCCGUUUGGCCAUUACUACACUUUUUACUUCAUGAUAUGAAAAGACGAAACUAUUCCGAGGCAAAGAGGAUUUUUUUCUGUCAUUUAAAAAUGAAUGUUUGUCAGGCUACAUUCUUCAUUGCUUUAAAUGCAAUAAAGGUAAUACUCACUUUUUUAUGAAUAAUAUAUUUCAAAACUUUAAUACUGCAGAAUCUGCCUGGAAGCUCAGUAAAGCUCUCUCAUCUGCAGCCCUGUAUAAAAUAUUUAAAAAUCAAAAACGUUGUAUGGUGUAAAUAAAACUUUUGUCUACAU